AUGGCGUGCAUUAAGAAACAUAUCGAUGCACCACUUAAAGUUAAUGGUUGUGUGUAUUAUCUGUUGCAUUGGUUUGCUGAACACAACAAAAGCAUGCAGCUAAGCAAUGAGGAAGGUGUGCCAAGGCUUCUCAGGUGGAUCAUCAACGACGUCAGUAAUACAAUCGAGAAAGACCUGAAUGACGCCAUGAAAAAGAUGCAACUAGGAUGGGUAAAGGAUUACACUGAUGAAGAGCGAUUGCUUUUGGAUGAGUACCGGAGGCAGAAACAAGAAAAUAGCAUAGAUGCGAUGAAGGAAAAGCUGCGCAUAUCAUAUAUGCAGAGAAAGGAGUUGGAUGAGGAGCUUCCCGAAGUUCAGGAGAGGCGAGAAAGGAUUCUUAAUUUCAUCGAAGAGAAAAGACAAAAAGUUAAUGAAGUUGAUCUAAUGAACUUGACAGAAAGAGAAGAAAUACGGAUUGAAACUGAGGAGGAGGAGGAGAUUGAGGAGGAGGAGGUUGAGGAGGAUGGGAAGGAGAAAAAGGAAGAUGAGGAUAUUGAGGAGGAGGAGGAUGACAAGGAUGAUGAUGACAAUGAGGGUAGCAAGGAUAAUGAUGACAAGGAGGGUAGCAAAGGUGGUGAUAUGCAUGAUGAUAAAGAUGAUGAUGAUGAUGAGCGGGGUGGCAAAGGUGGUGAUAUGCAUGAUGAUCACAAUGACAAAGAGGGUAGCAAAGGUGGCGAUGACGAGCAUGGAACUGAAUCUGAAAAGAAUGAAGUUCCGUCUGAAACUCCUGAAAAGCGAAGCACUCCUCUGUCAAAGACAAAUGAAGAGAAGGAUGGCAAGGAUGGAACAAGGCAAGGUGUUGAGUCUGGAUAUGCUAAGAAGCCUAGCACUUCUCUGCCAGAGAAGUCAGAUGCAUAUCAAGAAGACCAGGAUGCCACAUAUACAUCUGAAAUUGAUGAGGAUACGAUAAUCGCAUGUGAAGCCAUAUCUCAGCUGGACCCUAAAGACAUGUUGCCGGUUGAAGAAGAUGUGCUUUUACUCACAAAGGGAGAAGAUCAACAGAAUGAUCCUUAUGCAUCAAUUGAGGACCUUCUAGACAACUUGUCUGAAAGUUUUUCAUAA